AUGGCUGUUCACUACUCUCUACGUGAGAUGCGUAUGCUUCCUGCCUUCGGUAAUUUCUGGCUGCUGCAUUCUCUGGCAAACGAAAAGUUCGAGUCCUCGGCUGCCCUCGCGCACUUCGACCUUGUAGAGGUCGCCAGAGUCAUCCCAGCAACUCCGGAGCGGACGCCGCCCCCUGUCCCACCCGCACCGACACCGGUGCCCAUGCCGCCUCUACCCAUUCCCGCACCGAGACCAUUGCCCAUACCACCUGUUCCCAUUCCCGCGCCGACACCAUUACCCAUGCCGCCUGCUCCCAUCCCUGCACCGACACCAUUGCCCAUGCCACCUGUCCCCAUUCCCGCGCCAAUACCAUUGCCCACGCCGCCGGUCCCUGGUCCUGCCCUGGCGCCCCGGCGUCCGCCAAAUCCACGCCCACCAGUUCCGCGUCCAAACCACCCCCGCCUUCCCGUUGUCAUACCCGUCGUCCCUGCCGCCGUGCCCGGCCCCACGCCUCCUCCCACCCCGCCACGACGCCCGACGCCGGGUCCUGAGCAGCACAACCCGCAGCAGAGGAUGCCUGUGACCAGCUGA